AUGUCUGGCGAGGCGUGGUUGUACCUGUUGGCGGUGUUGGUGAACGCCGUCAACCUGUUCCUUCAAGUGUUUUUCACCAUCAUGUACAGCGACUUGGAAUGUGACUAUAUCAACCCCAUCGAUCUGUGCAACCGCCUCAACGCUUAUAUCAUCCCGGAAGCCGCUGUCCACGCAUUCUUGACUUUCUUGUUUGUCAUCAAUGGCUACUGGCUCGCAAUAAUUCUCAACUUGCCCUUGCUUGCCUGGAACGGAAAGAAGAUCUUCGAGAACCAGCAUCUUUUGGACGCAACUGAAAUCUUCCGCAAGCUGAACGUUCACAAGAAGGAGUCUUUUAUCAAGCUCGGUUUCCAUCUCUUGAUGUUCUUCUUCUACCUCUACAGCAUGAUUGUCGCCCUCAUCCGCGACGAGACCCACUAA